ACCUGCGAUACACCCAACUGACGGGCCAACAUCAACCGCAGCUCGACUCGACAUGACGUCGACAAACUCGCACCGAGCGGCAGCCUAGUGUCGGAUAGAUACCAUUCGAACGAAGAUCCAAGAGUGAGGAGCGCGCCGAUCUGCAGCAACACGGUCGAGCCAUAUCCAACCGCCCGACCUCAGGCUCGUCGGCACCUGGCUGUCCAUGUGUCGUUACGAGCUUCUCGGGUCGUUCAUUCUUAUCGCACAUGACAUUGCCGACUACAUUCGAUUGACCAGACGAAGAAGAAGGCAGCUUCCUGCCGAACCAGAAUGCUCCACGAGAUCCUUCUCUCCCUCUCGGGGCAUCCGUCCCCUCUCCUCCGAUCCACCGACGACCAGUCAUACAUCAAGGCAGGAAUCAGCCCACCAGAGCGCCAGCUGCUAGCUUCCGCCGCCCACCUGAGCGAUCUACACGUCAGGUUGCUCACGUAUACGUCGCAAAUAUCGUCCUCGCACCCGUCGGCGAUAUGCCGCGCCGUUGCCGCCGCCGUCUCGUCGGUCCACCUCGCAGCAUUCCAGCGCAAGGUGCUCGAGGUGGAAGCAAGCAUACUGAAGGAUGACCCGGAGCUCGUUGGCGCAUACAACAUUGUUCCGCUGACCGCCGUGAUGGGCGAGUUCAAACAAUGGACGAGAAGAAUGGAGUGGCUCUGGGAGGUGGUGCAGUACAUGCUGGCGCGAGAAGAGGACGGUGCGGUGUGUCAAGGAGCGGAACUGAUCAACCGACUUCGAAGAGAGCUGCAGAGCGGCUACCAGGAUGUGGCAGACACGGCACUGAGCCUGGUCACCAUGGCGGAGACGGCCUGGCUAAAGCAAGUGUCAGCGUGGGUUCUCUACGGCAGACUACCAGAUCUUGGAGGCGACGACUUUUUCGUGCAAAAAUCGCCAUCCGGCGAAGAGGACUUUGCACUUAUACGUGAGCGCCUCCCGUCCUUUGUAGCACCGACGACUGCAUCAUCCAUGCUUUUCAUCGGCAAGUCGCUCAACCAUGUCCGUGUCAUGGGCGACAUGAAUGCGGGUCUCGGUGGGCUGCGUCAUGUGUCCUCGAAGCUCAACGAACUUGGAAGCUUGACCUUUCCGCUCAACGGUGUUACCUUUUCCCGCACAAUAACCUCCAUCCGCCUCUCACUCUCCGAAAACACUCUACAGAAGAUCUUGCCUUUGGCCAGAGUCGUGGAGAUGCUACAACUGUUUCGGGAAUUUUUCCUCCUAGGCCGAGGCGAGUUUGCCUUGGCGUUGACGCACGAGGCGGAUGAAAAAAUACGGCAUCGAUGGCAAAGGGCCGGAAACCUCGCAUAUGAAAGGGAUGAUGGUCUGAAGAACGUGACGGUCAAAGACGGAGAAGUGGCAGCCGUCCUUAACAGGACCUGGGCUGUCCUGGCCUCGAUGCAGGGGCAACAUGCGGACGAGGACGAGUCACUCGAGUUGGCACGCGACGUGUUGCGGCUGCAGUUGACAAAGUCUAGACCUCCAGCAUCAAUGAGCAGCGGCAAGGGAUUGGGCCCCGAUGCAAUCAAGCUGCUAGAAACCUCGCCAUUCCGGAGCAUGCUGUUUUCAGUACCUGCGGCCGUGUUCGCGGAGCUUCCGUCGCCCCUGGACAUGGUCAUCUCUCCUUCAGAUCUUCAGAUCUACUCCUGCAUUAACUCAUAUCUACUGUCACUUCGACGCGUCCAUAUCCGGCUGACGGACUUGUGGAAAAUCACUUCCUUACGACGUCAUCAUCCUGCACCUCCAGGGGCUGGCGAACAUGCGACUCUGCUCCGACAGCGAUGGUCGGCGCGAUCUUUGGCUUUGCGGAGCUCUUGGACGACGGCGAGCGCCGCCAUAUUCUUCCUGGGUGAGACGGAAGCGUACCUGCAGACGGAAAUCGUUGAGGGCAUGUGGGAGACGUUUAGCUCUUGGUUGACGGGCGCUGAUUCGCGGCGCGAUGGGCCCAACGGCGCUCGAUCUGAGGCCGCCACUCCUCGUGCGAAUGUUCCAAGCACGAUGGAAAGCGAAGACGAAGACUUCUUUCUCGCCGAUUGGGACUCGGAGGGGCAAAGGCAGGCUACCAAGACGGCAAAAAAGCCGGCCCAUGACCCGCAGACGUUGUCCGCCGCACACACUCUGUAUUUGCGAACUCUUGUUCACAGAUUGCUUCUCACCCAGCCAUCCUUCACAGAUCCGCUCUAUACGCUACUUGUACAUAUUGAUCGCCUCGUCGCCCAUGUUCAGCGGCUGCACUCCAUCUUCACGUCGAUUGACCUGGAGACGGACGCGGGCGUGGUUGACGCAUUUGUGGAUCUGGAGCGCGAGGAACGCGAGGUCAUGGGUCUCCUCCGCGGAGUAGAGGACAAGAUCAGAAAGGGCAUAGAAGGGGUGGUGGAGGCUCUGCGGAACCUGGAGAACAACUCCGACUUUCUAGCAGAGUGGGAGUCCCAGGGCACAAUGACUGACGACGACGACAUGAGCGACGGCCAGCGGUACGCGCCGGGGAGAAUAGGCGGCGUGAACCGACUGCUGAUGAAACUGGACUUUGGGAGCUGGCUGGGCAACAAGAAUGAUGGCUGGGCGUAAUGGCUAUGAGUGACGACGACGAGCAACACGCUUACGGAGUUGAGGUGUCGGGUAUUCGGGUUCAGUCUACACAGACGGCUGGCGUUUGGAGCGUCAAUUGUCACGGUAGUGGCCAGUUUUGGAAUCUUGGCAGAGUGCACAAAGAAGUUAAUUGCCAAGGAGGCUUUCCAGCUCCAUGA